AUGGAGCUUGAUAAUACAAAGGAAAAUAGUGUAAGCACGCCUAGGAGAAGAGAAAACGGUCUUCAUCUCAGUCCAGUUUCACCGGAUGCAUCGCUUGGCUUGCUGUAUGCUCCAGAGGAUUGGCCUAAUAAGGGUGACAUAUGGACUUGGAAGGUGGGAAGGAGAGUAGCCAUUACUGGUCAUUUCUUAGAUAGGUAUUUGUAUCCUCCAAAGCGCCUCCAAAAGCUUUUAGACUCGGGCAGGAAACGUGGUCUUGCUAACAAGCUUUCAGUCGAGCGGUAUGUCAAAAUGGUGCUCCCUGGUGCAGACAUUAAUGCAUUUUUUGCUUCGUUCAGGUGGAAAAUCCCUGCGAAGAAACAUUCUUUGACAAAUGUGGCACAGGCUUUCUCUGUUGCCCCUCCUGACGAGAAGGUAGUUCCAGUGUCUGACCCCCAGUCUGAUG